AUGCAGGAAGAAACGAGGUCCACCCCUCUCCGUCUUGGGUCGAUUGCCCCUAACUUUCAAGCCGAAACUACCAUCGGCCCUAUCGACUUUCACGAGUGGGUCGGCAACAAUUGGGCGAUUCUCUUCUCCCACCCGGAGGAUUACACCCCAGUCUGCACCACGGAGCUGGCCGCACUGGCCAAAUACGAGCCCGAGUUCACCAAGCGCAACGUCAAGUUGAUCGGUCUAUCUGCCAACGACAUCGAGUCGCACGAUGGCUGGAUCAACGACAUCGCCGAGAUAGCCGGAUGUGCCUUGACCUUCCCCGUCAUCGGCGAUAAGGACCGCCAGAUCGCUUAUGCCUAUGACAUGUCAGUGGAUUUCCUUUCUCCUCUCUGCCCCUCCCCUACCCAGGCAGCCCACUUCCGUCAUAAACUCACGUGUCCCAACAGGCUUGAUCACCAAGAUACUACCAAUGUGGACGCGAGGGGAAUCGCCUACACCAUCCGGUCUGUAUUCAUUAUCGACCCCAAUAAGGUCAUUCGCCUGAUUCAAUCCUACCCUGCCUCCACGGGCCGUAACACAGCCGAACUUCUCCGCGUACUCGACUCUUUGCUCGCUACUGACAAGCAUUCCAUCAAUACCCCCGUCAACUGGGAGCCCGGUGAUGAUGUGGUCGUACCCUCCCACAUCGCGGAUGAGGAUGCCAGGGCCCGGUUCCCUAACAUGCAGGUGGUCAAGCCGUACCUGCGGUUCACCCCGUUGGCCAAGGAGAGUUUUACCUCCAUUUGA